GAUUUCAACUUUUAAUGGCAAUUGACUUACAUUUUAUAUUUUUUGUGUGUUUUUUUUAACCCUUCUUAUCUGUAGCCAGUAGAUGUUCAAUUUCUCUUCUUUAAUGGUGCUGUUUUUUCUUCCCCAGGCUAAAGAUCUAAUAAUCACACCAGCCACCGUUUUAAAGGAGAAACCAGACCCAAAUAAUAUGGUUUUUGGAACCGUUUUCACGGAUCACAUGUUGACAAUUGAGUGGUCCUCGGAGUCUGGAUGGGAGAAGCCACAUAUCAAGCCUUUUCAGAAUCUGUCCUUGCACCCUGGCUCGUCGGUGCUGCACUAUGCGGUGGAGCUGUUUGAAGGCAUGAAGGCAUUUCGAGGAGUAGACAACAAAAUCCGCCUCUUUCGGCCAAGCCUCAACAUGGACAGGAUGCGCCGGUCUGCUCUGAGGGCAGCUUUGCCGGGAUUUGACAAGGAAGAGCUUAUGGAGUGUAUUCAACAGCUUGUGAAACUGGAUCAAGAAUGGGUCCCCUAUUCAACAUCUGCUAGUCUCUAUAUUCGUCCUACACUCAUUGGAACCGAGCCUUCUCUUGGAGUCAAGAAGCCUACCAAAGCCAUGAUCUUUGUGAUCUUGAGUCCAGUGGGAUCUUACUUUUCAGGGGCAACCUUAAAUCCAGUGUCCCUGUGGGCCAAUCCGAAGUUUGUAAGAGCCUGGAAAGGUGGGACUGGGGACUGCAAGUUGGGAGGGAAUUAUGGCUCGUCUCUUUUUGCCCAAUGUGAAGCAGUGGAUAACGGGUGUCAGCAAGUGUUGUGGCUCUAUGGAGAGGACAAUCAGAUCACGGAAGUUGGAACUAUGAAUCUUUUCCUUUACUGGAUAAAUGAAAAUGGAGAAGAAGAACUGGCCACUCCUCCGCUAGAUGGCAUCAUUCUUCCAGGAGUGACGAGGCAGAGCAUCCUGGACCUGGCGCGCAAGUGGGGUGAAUUUAAGGUGUCAGAGAGGUACCUCACCAUGGGUGACUUGACAGCGGCCCUGGAGCAGGGUCGCGUGAAGGAGAUGUUCGGCUCCGGCACCGCCUGCGUCGUUUGCCCGGUUUCUGACGUCCUCUACGAGGGCCAGACCCUACACAUUCCGUCCAUGGAGAAUGGGACUAAGCUUGCAAGCCGGAUCUUGGGCAAGUUGACUGAUAUUCAGUACGGAAGAGAAGAGAGCGACUGGACAAUCGUCAUAUCCUGAACGGAAAAAUGCAGGAUAUUAUCUGUGUGCUAUUGGGACAGACUAUUGCUUUGGAAUUAUGAUUGAUUCUUUCGCCGCCCAUUUUUGGUUGUGCAUAAUGUAAUUUAUAUUAUCAGUGUUAGCGGGGUGAUGGUUUCCUUAUACCAGAGAGAAUGAAUUGCAAUCAUCAAAUGGUGUUUUGUAAACUUGGUGGUAGAAGCUUAUCUUCCCUUCCCCUAGAAAGACGAUAAUAUAAGCUUUAGAGCAUGGAAUUCCCUCAGCAAUCUUAGUGCCUCCCUUAGUACUUCACUCAAAUAAAAAAUGUUUAUUCUUUAGAGAAAGUUA